AUGUCGUACACAUUACCUCCGAUAGAAGAGAUUGGAUUGUCCCUGGUUGACACCAAAACAGAGAUCUGUAACCAUCUAUUUGAGCCAUGUUCUACACUUACAGCAUUUAUCUUGGCUAAAGUACUCACAAUCAACUGUUCAUUCAAUAGCUAUGGACAGUUUAUAGAGGCUGCUAGAAUAGCACUUUUACAAUUCUUAGAGGACGAAGAAUCAAAGGAGAAGAAAGGUAAAGGACCUUUGGAUCUGAAGAUCUCUCAAAUCAUUGCUGCUCAUCCAAGAUUAGGGGCAUCUAAAACCACUAAACUCUCAUCUCAUUCUGCUACUGAACAAAAAUCCCUACAGGCUGCCUCUGAUGAAGAAACAAAAGCAUUACUUGAUUUGAACAACCAAUACGAAACAGCAUUCCCGGGUUUGAGAUACGUUGUGUUUGUUAAUGGUAGGCCAAGGUCCGAUAUCAUGGAGAACAUGAAAAUGAGAAUUGCUAGAAACGAUAUAUCUCUUGAAAGAAAGGAAGCCUUUAAUGCAAUGUGUGAUAUAGCUUUGGAUAGAGCAUUUAAUUUAGGUGCUAAACUUUAA